AUGCUGGUGCUGACUUGUUCUACAAAACUGCAAACACUGGAACAUAUGCUACAGAAGAAUUUUCCUGAGUCACUCAAGGUUUAUGGAGCAGUGUUAAAUAUAAACAGAGGAAACCCCUUCAGGAAGGAAGUGGUGGUGGAUUCAUGGCCAGAAUUUAAAGUUGUUCUAACCCGCCGGCAGAGAAAGGCUGAAAGUGAUUCUCUGGACUAUUUUACCAAUGCCUAUGCUGUCUUCUACAAGGACCUGCAAGAGUACCAGGCAUUGCUGGAGAAUCCAGAAACCAUAAACUGGGAGCAAGUCUUCCAGAUACAGGGACUGCAGGAUGGAUUAUACAAAGUUUCCAAAGCUGUAGCAGGUUCCAAGCUUGUGGAUGUAAAGCAGUCCUCUUUCCAAAUGGUUAUCUAUCCAGACCCCAGUACACUUCCUGAGGUUAAACUGCCGCUAGUUCCUGCACCCAGUCUUGCUUCCCUUGACGUGUCCCAUGCCAGCCUGCUGAACGAGACAUGGUCCCGAGGAGGGAGCAAACAAUGCCAGAAGUACCUUGCCGACCUCAUUUGUUGCUUCCCGAACGCCUGCAUCCUGGAUCGCCGUGGAUGCCCCAUUUCUUGGGGCUUGACAGAUCAGUUUGCUACUAUGAUCCAUGGUUAUACCUUGCCUGAGCACCGCAGGAAAGGGUACAACCGCCUCAUAGCAACAGUCCUAGCUAAGAAGUUACAUAGCUGGGGCUUCCCAGCUCAGGGGAAUGUUCUGGAGGAUAACAUACCAUCCGUAACUCUGUUGAAAAGCAUGAAUGCCCAGUUCUUGCCUUGUAAGUUCACCCGACUUAUCCACACACCCUUCUGUUUUUUAACCACAUCUCUGCUGUAG